AUGCCUGCACCCAAACCUGUGGCCAAUGUAGCAGAAAUCCACCAUCGCUCAUACAUCUAUAUUGCAACCAAGUCUGUGCCCGACCACACAGUUCUUGCAACCACAGUUGCAUGCAGGAAUGCCAUGAUCCAAGACCUUGUGGCGACUGCCAGGAACCUUCUGAGGUUCAGUGUUCGCACUCGCGUUGCUCCAACGAUUGCGGCCAGCAAUGCAAGCCAUGCAUCAAGCGUUACAUGUAGCGACAAGAAGGCAAUCCAGAUCGACUGCUUAGGGUUACGGCCUUAUUCAGAAAUUAACCUCGACGAGAACCCCAUUGUCGUAGUCGGUUGUGGUCACUUCUUUGCUGGCCAGACUUUGGAUGGUCUGGUUGGGCUUGAUGAAGUGUAUUCGCAAGAUCAGGACGGCCAGUUCGUUGGCUUAAAGGAUAUAUCCGGUUCCCUUUCUGUCAACUUGCCUUUUUGUCCUGAAUGCAAAUGCCCUCUUCGCCAAUUCGCGGUCAGGAGAUACAACCGACUCGUCAACCGUGCUGUGAUGGACGACAUCUGCAGAAAAUUUCUCAUCCAGACGAGGGAUGCCAUCCAACAGCUCGAGAAGGAUCUCCGAAGUGCUGAGAAAGAGCUAAAAAUAACACGGGCUACUGUCUCAAGUAUUGCGGAGCGUCACUCCAAGCUUGAAGAGCUCAGAAAGUCAGCGGCUCUAAUCAAGAGAGAGACACUAUCUGUUGCCAAACAGAUAGUGAAGAACAGCUUGGGGAACAACUGGCUUUACGAGUUCAUCUUUUUACCACCAAAGUCUAUGAAGUGA